GCACCGCAGCACGUGACCCACAACUACCCACGUGACUCAAUACCCACAAUCCAAUUUCGCAUCUUCAAACCCGAGCCAACAAGCCAAAAGAAACUUUUCCUUCGACCGACUUGCACAUCGACAACCACCGCAACCCGUCCGAUCCGACAAAAAAACCAACCACCACCAAUUCGAAAUGGGUCGUCUUCACUCCAAGGGAAAGGGCAUUUCGUCCUCCGCCAUCCCCUACUCUCGCAAGCCUGCUCCGUGGGUCAAGACCACCCCCGAGCAGGUCGUCGAUCAGAUUUGCAAGCUCGCCAGGAAAGGUGCUUCUCCUUCUCAGAUCGGUGUUGUCCUCCGUGACAGCCACGGUAUCGCCCAGGUCAAGACUGUCACCGGUAACAAGAUCCUCCGUAUCUUGAAGUCCAGCGGCCUUGCCCCCGAGAUCCCUGAGGACCUGUACCAUCUCAUCAAGAAGGCUGUCGCCGUCCGCAAGCACCUCGAGCGCAACCGCAAGGACAAGGACAGCAAGUUCCGCCUCAUUCUCAUCGAGUCCCGUAUCCACCGUCUGUCCCGCUACUACAAGACCGUCGGUGUCCUCCCUCCCACCUGGAAGUACGAGUCCGCCACCGCCAGCACCAUGGUUGCUUAAGCGAUGAACACUCCGUGAAGAAAAAUCGGGCUGUUUGUUGUUGCGGUGUAAUGGUUCUUGGGUCGGGGUUAGGUCGCGCCGCGCUUCUCUUCAGUCAAGACUCACCUUCUGGCGGGCUCGUUCUGAAAUGGACGUGCUCACUCUAGAGAGGAGAGAAGCGCCGGUGUUGAUAUCCGGUCCUAGAUUUAGUUUUAGGCUAGAUCUGGCCGCCACGAAUCAAUGAUUAAAAGUUAUUACCCUGCC